AUGAGGAAUAUGAAGGAAAAUCAAACAAUAACAUAUUUCAUUAUAAAGGGAAUAUCUGAUGUUCCUGAGCUCCAGGCUCCUAUAUUUGUUCUGGUUUUACUCAUUUAUCUGGUUGUUCUUGUCGGGAAUAUGAGUCUUCUUCUCCUGGUCUGCCUGGACUCUCAUCUUCACACUCCCAUGUAUUUCUUCCUUGCUAAUUUGUCUAUAGUGGACAUGAUGUCUCCCACUGUCACCCUACAUAAGAUCCUUCUAACGUUCAUUACUGGAGAUAACAUGGUGUCUUACCUGGCCUGUAUGGUAGAAAUCUAUAUGUUUUCUUCUUUAACAGCUCAUGAACUUUUUAUAUUGACGGCCAUGAGCUAUGAUCGAUAUGUAGCUAUUUGUAGACCCCUGAAUUAUAAAAUUAUUAUGGAUUUUAAGAUAUGUCUUCUGUUAGCCACAUUUUGUUGGAUAUUUGGAUUUCUACAAUACACAUCCUUUAUCUGGUUUGUAUCCAAGAUCUCUUGUUUUUCCACCAAUGUUAUUGACCACUUCUGCUGUGACCUUGUCCCCAUCAUCGAAAUUGCCUGCAGUGAUGUUACAAUAUUGGAAACACUGUCCAAUACACAAGGGCUUAUCAUAUAUUUCAUUAUUCCAUUUCUUCUCAUAUUUUCAUCUUAUGUCUUUAUAAUUCGGUCCAUAAUGAAGAUACGUUCCACUGUUGGUAGAAGAAAAGCCUUCUACACGUGUUCCUCACACCUCACAAUUAUCAUAUUGCUUUAUGCAACAUUGAUAUUCCAGUAUCUUAUACCAAGUAAUAGCUUAGGUUCCAAGAAGUUGCAUUCUUUGUUUAACAUGGCAAUUAUCCCAGUGCUCAACCCCUUUAUAUACAGUCUUAAGAAUAAAGAUGUGAAAACAGCUUUCACAAGGAAGAUCGGGAAGUGUAAAAUGAACGCAUUCUGUUGUAUAUUUGAGGGCAGUGUGACAAGAAUGAAGAAAAAGAUCUAA